UCCGUUUCUUCCGUUCGUUCAGUGCAGCAGCUGCGGAGAUCUGAGCAAACUCUUGCCUCUUUCUCCCGUGUCUCGGAUACUUUACGGUCCCACGCGCCGCUUGUCCUCUUUCAACGGCAUUACAAUCACCCGUUUAGUUCGGCCCGGUAACCGAGAACGGCUCCGUCCCGAGAUGGUGUUGGCUCUCGGACUGUUUGUGUCUCUGACGGUGUUGUCGGUGUCGGUCACGGGCAGCAGUGCCGGUAACCCGCCGGACAAGGAGAAGUGGAUGAGCUCCGUGUCCCAGUACGAUAAGAGCAAAUACUGGAACAAAUUCCGCGACGACGAUUACUUCAGAACCUGGAACCCUGAGAAAGUAGAAGAUCAAGAAACAUCGAGCGCACCGGGGCCACGGGCAGAACAAGACUCAAAAACACAGAUCCGGAGCAGAGCAACUGAUGGGCUUGACACCACUAAAGAUCCCUGUAUGAAGGUUCACUGUCCACCUCACAAAGUGUGUGUGAGUCAUGACUUUCAGACAGCCAUCUGCACCAAUCACAAACCUGCACCGCACAGCAUUAAGCCCAGAAAAGGAAGCCUUCUCCAUAAACAUUGGAUGGGUGCUAUGAAUCAUGGGAAAUGUAGGGCAUGUCCUGUUGUUCACUCCAACCCAGUGUGUGGGUCUGAUGGACACACAUAUUCCUCAAAGUGUAAACUUGAGUACCAGGCUUGCAGCUCCAGCAAGAGUAUCACAGUGAAGUGUGAAGGUCCGUGUCCCUGUCUGCCAGCACAGGACAUCAUCAAACCACAUACUGAGAGAAACGGUUGUAGUGAUGCUGAUUUGAGAAGUUUAGCAUCCAGACUCAAAGACUGGUUCGGGGUUCUGCACACGGACGCCAACAGAGACCUUAAAAGUGGCGCGAGUGAUUCAACUCAAGGACGUUUUGACACCAGCAUUUUGCCGAUCUGUAAAGAUUCUCUCGGUUGGAUGUUCAACAAGCUGGACAUGAACUAUGACCUGCUGCUUGACCAAUCAGAGCUCAGCGCCAUUUACCUGGAUAAAUAUGAGCUGUGCAUGCGACCUCUGUUCAAUUCCUGCGACUCCUUUAAAGAUGGAAAACUCUCCAACAAUGAGUGGUGUUACUGCUUCCAGAAACCUGAUGGUAUGCCAUGUCAGAAUGAGAUGAACAGGGUUCAUUCUCACAGCAGAAGGAAGACUAUGUUAGGGGUCUAUGUUCCCCGCUGUACUGAAGAUGGUUAUUUUAAAGCCACUCAGUGUCAUGCCAGCACUGGUCAGUGCUGGUGCGUAGACAAAUACGGCAAUGAGAUCGCAGGAUCCCGCAGACAGGGCAACCCAGCCUGUGAGGAAGAUCAGGAGACAUCUGGUGACUUCGGUAGCGGCGGUGCAGUGAUUCUACUGAACGAUCAAGAGGAGGAGUCUCCACAGCAUGGGCGGGGCAGACAGAAAGAGAGACGGGGACGGCUUCACCCCCGCGGGGCGAUCGAGGACGACGAGGAUGCAGAGGAUGACGAGAUAGGCUACGUCUGGUAGCUCCUUCCACCCAUCUUCCACUAAUUAACCAGGGACCCAUGUUUAAAAAUGCACAGUUCUGAAGCCAUUCCAGCCCCGCCCCAAAACAGCCGACCUCUCCGCUGACUCGUUUAUGUCCUGUUCAUUUUCUGGGUUCUUCCAUAUCUUUACCACAUUUUCUUACUCUCUCUUUCUUUGGCCGGCUGUUCAUGUUCUGUCCUCUAAUUUCCCUCAUUUAAACACAAAGAUUGCAUUUGUUUGUGGGCUCUAGACUGCGACGUUAGACAUGCAUGACAAGAUUGUCAAGGGUUUCCUUAAGUUUUUGGAAAUUUUUCUACAUGGAUGGAGGUUGUAAAGCGAAGUUUUCAGUGGUCGUAUGCAUGAACACCACUUAAGAAUGCUGGAGACGAGAUCUGAGACGUUAAAUAUCAGAAGCUGGAGAUUGUUGCCAGCUGUCAGGUUGUCCACUCUUUUAGACUAGGACGCCACAGGUCGUCUUGUACGCAAACUGCUUAAAAAUCCUAAUUAAAGUCAUUUCCACAUACAUUAUGAGCAAACAAGCUAAAUAUUCUUUUUUUUUUUUCGUUUCAGUGGAUGAUUUAGUGUUUAGAUUUAAUUCUCUCACUUAAUUGUUUGAACAGUCUCCAAGUGUUUAAGUGAGUCCUGACCUUUGCAUUUGCUCGUGAUAUAUUCGCUGUAGAUCAGGAGCCUCGGCUCGACAGAAUUCAGACGCGAUCAAACGCCUCGUCGAUCUGACCUUUUCAAACAACACCAAAAUGCUUCCGCUCACAGGAAAACAGACGGCAAAUGAAAAAGCUCUCUCUGUGACGGCUGGAGAGAGAGCGCUGCCUCGCCGUUUUGCUUUUCGACAAAUUUCGUAUCAUCAGCACAUUUAAAGGGGAGAAUACCGAGAUCUGUGCGCUUCAGAAAGACUGCACGAGUCUGGGCCUGUGGUGACGUCUGCUUUUAAUAAUUCAUCCUUUAUCUGUCAAACCGAGGGCUGUUUAUCAGCUCCAAAAAUCUGUUUAAAGUGAGCACUUUUUGACUUUGAGUUCGUUUUGUAGAGCAGAAUGAUUUUAGGUGGUCUUGUUCUGUUCUUUGAAGAAUAAAACCUUUCAAAAGCACAAGUCAAGUUCAGUUCCUCAUGUUGGAAGUAAAAAAACGUGAAAUUAAUACGUAAUGAUUUGAAAACGGCUUCACGGCAUAUGAUGUUUCCUGAUGCUCUCGCGCUUGCUCAGCUCUAACGUCAAUCCCACAAUCCCCACUGCUAGGCUCUAAUGUACAAUACAAAUAAAUGCAGCAUUUUUGUGAAAUCAAUAUACAGCGGGGAAAAUAAGUAUUUGACGUAUCAGCAUUUUUAUCAGUAAGGGGGCUAUUGACACAAAGAUGUGGCCAUCUAGCCAAAUAUUGAAUUCAUACAAAGAAAUCCGAACAUUUAAGUAUACAAGUUGAGUCAUAAUAAAUAAAGUGAAAUGACACAGGGAAUAAGUAUUGAACACACUUUAUUUAAUACUUUGUAGAAAGCCUUUGUUGGUGAUUACAGCUUCUAUACGCCUCUUGUAUGGAGAGACCAGUCGUCUGCAUUGCUCAGGAGUGAUUCUGGCCCAUUCUUCCACACAAAUGUCUUUAAAUCUUGAAGGUUCCUUGGGCCUCUUUUAUGAACUUUGAUCUUCAGUUCUCUCUAUAGAUUUUCUAUGGGAUUUAGGUCAGGCGGUUGACUGGGCCAUUCAAGCAACUUGAUUUUCUUUCUUUGAAACCAUUUCAUUUUUUCCUUGGCCUUGUGAUUGUCCACCCUCUUUUCAUUUUCAGCUUUCUAGUAGAUGGCAGCAGAUUUUAUCCAGAAUGUUCCUGUACAUUUCUCCAUUCAUCCUGCCUUCAAUAAUUUGAAGUCUGCCAGUACCCCUUGCUGAAAAGCAGCCCCAAACCAUGAUGCUUCCAGCCCAAACUUAACUGUUGCUAUGGUUUUCCGGGGGUGGUGGGCAGUGCCAUUUCUUCUCCAAACAUGGUGUGUAGAAUGACUGCCAAAAAGUUAAAUUUUGCUUUAAUCUGACCAUACUACUGUAUAGUCUCCCAAUAAUCCACAGGCUUCUCCAAAUGCUCUUUUGCAAACUUUAACCGAGCCUCAACAUGCUUUUUGUUCAGCAAUGGAGUCUUGCGUGUUGAGAGUGCAUGGAUGCCAUGGUGGUUCAGUGCAUUGCUUAUAGUUUUGUUUGAAACAACAGUACCUGCUGAUGCAAGGUCUUCCUGAAGUUCUGCCUGAGUGGUUCUUGGCUCUUGGAGAACUCUCCUGAUUAUUCUUUGGACUUCUCGGACAGGGAUCUUGGGUGACGCACCUGAUUGUGGCCGGUGUAUGGUGAAGUGAUGCUCUUUCCACUUCCAGAUAAUGGCCCCCACAGUGCUCACAGGAAUAUACAUUCCCCCAUUCAACAAUAUGAUUACAAAGAUCUUGAGAGAGUUCUUGCUUUUACCAAUCAUGAAGUCUUUUUUUGGGUGCCUCCUGGGUAAUGAGAAGCCUUUAUAGGGGGCAGGGUUUCUCUCUCUGUGUGAUUUUACUUUAUUUAUUAUGACUCAACUUGUAUACUUAAAUGUUCUGAUUUCUUUGUAUGAAUUCAAUAUUUGGUUUUAUGGCUAAAUCUAUUUUUAUGGUGGAAAUUUUGUGUCAAUAGUCCACUUAGAAAUCCCCUUACUGAUAACAAUUCUGAUGUGUCGAAUACUUAUUCUCCCCGCUGUAUAUAUUUAUGUUACUUUAACUUAAAAAAAGUUAAACAAUUUAAACUUCGAAAUCGAAAACGGAUGCUCGCUGCACACAAGUAACCAUAUACUUUCCUAUAGCUGUCUAUGAGUCAGAUCAGAUUAGAUCCAAACACAGCAGAACCCUUCAGUGCUAAUCUCAGAUCUGUAUGAGCACACACACACAUUUGUCUUUUCUCACUCACAUCAACAGCGUUUGAAAGCAUUGAGAUCUACUGUGUGUGUGAGUUCUUCACAGAAGGAGAUGUUUCGCUCAGUGAUUAUAGAGGCUAGUACAGAUGGAUUAUAUGAGGCGUUCUGCACCCAGAGGGGAAAUUUCUGAGCCCCCCUUAGGGAUUAUGGGUAACAGAGGAAAGAACUGAUGGCUUAUGGCUCCCUCGCACCUCUUCUGCUUUUCUCUUACUGUUUCCUCUCCUCAGAAAAUCAUCUUUUUUGUGGGGUAGAAGAGACUUUCAUAGAUAAACAUAGGAUUUAAAUGGACAUUUUUAAAGGAGUAGUUCACCCAGAUAUAAAAAAUUCAUGCCAUUCCAUCUAAGCCAGGGGUUCUCAACCUUUAUCACUUCAAGGCCUCCCUAUUGUCCACAAUAAUAUUUGAAGACCCCUAACUCUCAAUUUCUAGCAAAUAAAAUAUACUAGAGCUUGACAUACCUUGAUAGAUGUGUUUUCUUUACAAAAAUAACCAAACACUUAGAAAUAUAUCUAGAGUUUUAUUUGUUGUAGCUUAUUUUAAUGCUUGGUUUGUCUCAUUUUAAAUACUUUAAGGCCAUCUUGAGGUCCCAUUGGAAGUUUGUUGAGCCCACCUUUGGGCCCCAGACCCCAUGUUGAGAAACACUUAUUUAAGCUGUUGUUUUUAAUAUUAAUGGAAAACAUUUACCUUCAUUUCAAAGACAUCAUGGUCACAAAAUGCUGCUGGUUUGUCUCGUAACAAAUUGUCGAAUUUGAAUAAAAGCAAGAAUUAAAUUUGCAGGGCUAUGAUGGAAGACAAACAUUUGAAGUAAAUAACUAUGUUUCCAUCCACCAGUUCUAAAGUCACAAUAUGUAGGAUUUUCACCAUCAGAGGUCGCUAUUACACAAUAACACAAUAACAAAGGCAAAGCUUCAUGACGUUUUGAAGAAGAGUUGAACAAAAGAUGUUGUUUUCACCUUCAAGAGAUUGCCGUAUAACCGUCACUUCUGCGUUUGUCCACUCUUGUUGCCAUAAGCCACCUUUCAGUGUACGUGACAUUCGGAUACGACUGUCGGAGUUCGCCCCCUAGUGGCAGUCGUCAUGAAAUUUUAGUUUAAGGGUAAAUCUUUGCCAACAUAGGAGAGAAGCUCAGUCACGCGCAAAAGCCUUCAAUCUACAUAUGCAUUAUAUGACAAAGAACUAUUGCUGGGCAAAGAUUAAUCGCGAUUAAUCGCAUACAAAAUAAAAGUGCAUUUUUGCAUUUUAUAUAAAUAUGUGUGUGUGUGUGUGUGUGUGUGUGUGUGUGUGUGUGUGUGUGUGUGUGUGUGUGUGUGUGUGUGUGUGCGUGCGUGCGUGCGUGCGUGCGUGCGUGCGUGCGUGCGUGCGUGCGUGCGUGCGUGUGUGUGGUAUAUUUAAACACACACACAUACAUAUAUACAUUUCAGAAUUUUUUAUUUAUUUAUGUAUAUUUAUUUAUUUAUAAUAUAGAAUGUAUAAAAAUAUAAAUAAAAAUAUACACACACAAUGUUUCUUAAAUACCUACAUGAAUGUGUGUGUAUUUAUAUAUACAUAAUAAUUACACACAGCAAACACUCAUAUAUUAUGCAAAAAAAUCACUUAUUUUGUAUGCGAUUAAUCGCGAUUAAUCUUUGUCCAGUACUAGAGAGAACACAUAGAAACAAGAUUUAAAAUAAUACCGCGUAUCAGUAAUAAAUAGUUUUUAAUGGAUUCAAGUGUUACUGAUAACGUUAAACAAAAAAAGAUUAAUGAUUUUCACCUCACACACAGUUUUUGAUACACUAAAAUACAUCACUAUCGGCCGGCGUAUCACAUGCGGUGUAGUCGCAUAAAUGAAAACAUUUUACCGGAUCAAACGCUCGAAUUGGAUCCGAAAAUUACCCGUUUGCAGAUGGUCGUCACCUCACUCAUCCUCUUUGCGACUUCCCAUAGAGAAUGAAUGACUUCCGGGUUAUCGGCCAUCAUUUGUUGUGUACAGUGGAAAGCCGGCUAUAAUUUCUACAACAAAAAACUGUGGAUAGCACUCACCUGAAAGCAAGAUGACAGGACCGUGUUCGUUUGCAUUCUUUCAUUUGACUCACUAAAUCUGUGCUUUAUUUGCAAAUGUUUUAUGCGAUAUUCCGAUUUUGAUAUUCCGAAGUUAUAUUUGCAAAUUUGGAUGGAAACAUAGCUAGCGAUAACAGAAUUUUCUUUUUGGAUGAACGACCCACUUUAAAUGUCCUCAAAAUAUUCCAGUCAGGUUAAGUGAAGGUUCUGAAUCUCUCUUUCUGUUUCUCAUUCUCUCAUGUGAUGUCAUCAACUAACGCGUGAUCAAUCUUGAUCUCAGUAUAUGUAAAUGAAAGACACAGCAUCACAUACACAGACACACACGUAUGAUCUCAUGACAUUAUGGACUUCUUUGCUGACCCACCUGAUGAUGACCUUUGACAUUUGAGGUGACCUCUCCCCUGCUGUAGUGCUGCUGUAUGUCUGAUGCCUGGCCUGCAACUAUAACUCCCCCAAACUUACUGUUCCCGUCUCUGCCUGCUUCGCUCCUGUACAGAGGUGCAAUAAAAGCUUCAUUACACACACACACACACACACACACCUCUUCAGCAGCUACAGAUUCGAUGGCCAUAUUUGCAAGAGUUUCCUUUGUUAAUCCUCUAUAUUUUUUACUCUGUAAAGACAAUAAUUCAUGUGUAAAAAAACGAAAAAUGCUGAAUGUUCAACUGGAGAUGUAAUGUAAUGAUGUCAUGUGGCUUUGUCCAUUUGCCUUGCCUGAGUCUGGAUGUGUUAAACCCCUCCUGUCCUCCUGACUGUAAUGUAGAUAUCCCUUCUACUGUACGUGUGUCUCUCUCUCUCAGUCUCUCUCUCAGUCUCUCUCUCUCUCUCUCUCUCUCUCUCUCUCAUCCACUGAGUCUGUCUCUGACUCAUGUGUAUUUACUAUGUGCUCGACUGCUGUGGGUCAGUUUUAAGAGAAGUUGAUAAACGGCCGGUCGAACACCAGCACAGAUCAAUGGAUGAGUCUCUCUCUCUCUCUCUCUCUCUUCUCUCUCUCUCUCUCUCUCUCUCUCUCUCUCUCUCUCUCUCUCUCUCUCUCCCUCUCUCACACACUCCUCAUGUCCUCUAUUUACACUUUAUCCGAUUUCCCUGUUAUUCCUCCUGAUCGAGAGUCCCAGUGGAAUGUUCUUGUUCUGGGCUAAUUCAUUUUCUUUGCUUUGUUUUUCUUUUACUUCCUGUUUUGUUUGUUUGUUUGUUCGUUUGUUUUUAACUGUUAAAUGGUUCCUUGAGAAAAUGUUUGUCUGAAUAAAACUGGAGUUUGUCGUCAACCAGUA